AUGAACAACAUGGUAGGAACAGCGCCUCCUGGCGCCAUGUAUGUCCGGGCCCUGUACGAUUACGAGGCGGACGAUAGAACAAGCUUGAGCUUCCACGAAGGCGACGUCAUCCAGGUCAUCACACAACUGGAGAGCGGCUGGUGGGAUGGGGUUAUCAACGGCGUCCGCGGUUGGUUCCCAAGCAACUACUGCCAGCUUAUCACCAGCGCCGACGAGCUUCCCGAAUCCGAGCAAAAUGGCGUCGGUGUGGCCGACCACAUCGAUGAAGAUAUGGAGGAGGAUGUCUACGAGGAGGGCUACGAUGACGAGGACGAUGACGACACAGACGACAUCACUGGCCUGCCGUUAGAAGGUACGGAGUCGAAUACCAGCCGGUCCGGCGCCGAUUACUGGAUACCACAGGCUACCCCCGACGGCCGCUUAUUCUACUACAACACGAUGACUGGCGAGAGCUGCAUGGAGCUGCCGCUGGAAUCGCCCACAUCCGCUACCGAAACCGGCCCCCGUGACCGCAUGAACAUGAAUGUUCCCGAGCGCACGCGGCCCCCGCCGGAGAUGAUGGCGCGAGGACUGACCCAGAACGAGGAUGAAGACUCUGAGGCGAACUCGGCGUCCGAAAUGGAGGGCGAGUCGAUUCUCAUGGCGUCCCGUGGGUCUUUGCCCCGUAACCACCGCUCUUUCCCCAACGAUACCCUCUCUCCUACCAUCUCCAUGGAGUCUAUGAACGGCCAGUCACCAACACGUGGCAAGCUCGCAUCGGGCCAGCCUGGCGCGGAUGGCGUAAACGGAGCCAACGGCAACGGUCUCACGCCUAUGAUCGCCGCAGCCACGUCCUUCACAUCCACAACCUUCAACCUGCCCACUGCUGCGACCAUUCCUCGGUCGUUUUUCGACGACGGCAGCACACCACCAUUGACUUGGAGUCGCCUCGUGUCCAACAUGAAAAAGUCGAUCGACCGCUACCGCGAUGCCGUCACUUCCAACAACCGCUCGGAAUAUGUGGCCCGUGCCGAGGACAUUUCGGACCACCUGCGCCUUCUUCUUGCCGCCGGUUCUGGAACGACCGACAACCACUCUGGACAACCUUCCAUCAUCUCGACGAACAAGGCCCUGUACCCCCAUUUCAGAGACAUGAUGUCCAAGUUUUCGAAGCUGGUCAUUUCUUCGCACAUUGCCGCCGCCGACUGGCCAAAUGCGGAAUCGGUCCAGAAGUGUCUGCAAGAGGCGGAUGGUGUUCUUUCCGGCGUCUUUAGCUAUGUGGAGGUUGCCCGACAGCAGCGUGGCGAAGAAAUCCCUCGUCUCUUCCCUGGCUUCAUUAUUGGGAGUGGCACUGGCGGCACCUGGCAAAACAACUCCCUUGGCGCCCGCGACCCCAUUGCUUCCAACUUUUUGGACGACGAGGAAGGCGCAUCAGAACCUUCGACGGUUUUGGACGGCAAGCUGCUGGAGAGACUGGAUGAGCUGAAACGCAUGCUUGUGUCUAGCAUUCGUGAGCUUGACAAGUACCUGACAAUGACUGACAAGGUUGUCACGCCGUUCAAGCACGAGGUGAUUGGCAACAACGUUUGCAUUGCCGGCGGUAAGGUCCUGGAAAUGUUUAAACCGUGGAUCGCCAUGAUCGAGUCGAUCGACCUGUCUGUUCUUGGCAACAGUUUCCAGACGCCGCAACUCGCCGACUUUAGCACCAACAAGCAAAGCCUUUACGACAAUAUUUCCGACCUCCUGCUCGGCUGCCAGGCUGUUGCUGGGCCACUUGCCGAUGAAUGGGCAGAGGUCCGUGGCGAAGCUCUGGAGAAUCGUUUGGAAUAUGUGCGGCAAUGCGACCGUGCGCUCGAGACCAACUCGUCCCACAUCGGCUUCUCACUCCAGCUGCUGUCCGAGCAAGUCCAGAUCAACAUGCAACAAGCUGCCGAAUCGCGCCGUGACGACCAUAGCACGGCGCGCGAGCCACUGCGCCGGGGCGAGACUAUGCCCUACGCGUCGUCGGUCGCAUCCACCGCUGUUCCUUCCUCGGCGGGCUCUGUAGCAUCGUCGGCGACGCUCAACCACCAACGGACCGAAUCGCGCGGCAUGGUAACCCGGCCACCAAUAAUCCAAGCACAAUCCUUCAGCGAAGGCAGCGAUGCGGCGGCACAGGCAUACAGAAAGGGUGGCGACUACUCGAAGCUCAAGAAACUGCUUGGUGAAGACCCGUCACCACAGUCGACUAUGGUUGACGACACGCCCGACUUUUUGCGGCCCGAUUUCGAAAACGACCUGUCCUGGGACCUCAAGAUCCAGCCCCCUCAAGUCAAGGGUGGCUCUCUGCUGGCACUUGUUGAGCAGCUCACACGCCAUGACAAGCUGGAUUCGAGCUUCAACAACACGUUCCUCCUCACAUACCGGUCGUUUACAUCAGCACGUGAGCUCUUUGAACUGUUGGUGAAGCGCUUCGGCAUCCAGGCACCAGAAGGCCUGACGCAAGCCGAGUUUGAGCAAUGGCGCGACCGCAAGCAGAAGCUCAUUCGGUUCCGUGUGGUCAACAUCAUCAAGAACUGGUUCGACAACUUUUGGAUGGAGGAUGCGUCCCUCGAGGAAACAAAGCAAUUAAUCCGCGACGUGUAUACCUUUGCGCGAGACACGGUCAAGUCGACCGAGACACCGGGUUCGGCGCCACUGAUGGCUGUUUUGGACCAGCGGUUGAGUGGCAAGGACACUGGUGCGAGACGCCUGAUUCAGACGCUGAACCAGAACACGCCGCCACCGAUCAUGCCCAAGAACAUGAAGAAGCUCAAGUUCCUCGACAUUGAUGUGACAGAAUUCGCCCGCCAGUUGACCAUUAUCGAAUCGCGCCUGUACGGCAAAAUCAAGCCUACCGAGUGUCUUAACAAGACAUGGCAGAAGAAGGUCGCAGAGGGCGACCCCGAACCGGCACCGAAUGUCAAGGCACUCAUUCUGCACUCGAACCAGAUGACGAACUGGGUCGCCGAGAUGAUUCUUGCGCAGACAGACGUGAAGAAGCGUGUUGUUGUGAUCAAGCACUUUGUUGCUGUUGCAGAUAAAUGCCGGAACCUCAACAACUUCUCGACAUUGACGUCGAUUAUCUCGGCACUUGGCACCGCACCCAUUGCCCGCCUCAAGAGAACAUGGGACAUUGUGCCGCAGAAAACGCAGGCCAUCCUCGAAAGCAUGCGCAAACUGAUGGCCAGCACAAAGAACUUUGGCGAGUACCGCGAGGCGCUACAUGCGGCCAACCCGCCGUGUAUCCCCUUCUUUGGUGUUUACCUGACGGAUCUUACUUUCAUCGAGGACGGUAUCCCGUCGAUCAUCAAGAAGACCAACCUGAUCAAUUUUGCCAAGCGAGCCAAGACGGCCGAAGUCAUCCGCGACAUCCAGCAGUACCAAAACGUGGCAUACCUGCUGCAACCGGUCGUGGAGCUACAGGACUACAUCCUCAGCAACAUGCAGGCAGCUGGUGACGUGCACGAGAUGUACGACAAGAGUUUGCAGGUGGAGCCUCGUGAGCGCGAAGAUGAAAAGAUUGUGAGAGUGUUGGCCGAAUCUGGCUUCCUGUGA